CGUGUGUGGUCGCGUCUAUCGAUCGAAUGAUCAACUUCGGGCCACAGUGGUAUAUCGUAUGGUACAAAACACGAUCGAUCGGGACAAAACAAUGGCAUUAGAGAGUGUUUCCGUGGCCGAGACUCUAAUCCAAAGUAAUAAUGAUAAUGACUUGGAAGAUGGAGAAAUUCCUUCUGAUGAAGAUGAUGAGCCAGUUACUCGUCCACAGACCGAAGUAAUUGAAUCUGCUAAGCCAUCUUCAAAACAAGAUGUAUCAAAGAAUAAAAAUUUUGAUUCUAAGUUUAAUAAGAACAAAAAGCAGCCUAUUCAAGGAACAACUGCUAAACAUGACAGAUACUUAAAAUAUAAAAGUCCAACAGAGGAUUGGGCAGGUGAUGUAGAGAAAGCUAUUAGAGCAGCUCUUGAGGAGGAUGGGGGUAGAAAUACUGAUUCAAAAUCAAAGAACAAAACUAAUAGGAAUAAGAGUAGGAAAAGAGUGCGUGAUGAGCGAGAUGAAGAUCGUUCAAAAGAUCAAAAGAAACGAAAAUUAAGUGAUGAUGAGAAUGGCAAUGAAGAUGACGAUGAAAUGGUUUUUGUUCGAGGUGCUUCUCCUAUUAGAAAAGAUUCUCAAGAUAAUAGUUCUCCCAGACAUACUAAUGAUCAUGAGAAUUUUGAUAGUAAUUCUGAUUAUGAAGAAAGGUCCAACAUAAAUCGGCACAGAGAAAAUGAAAAUAAGCGUGGUGGUAAUGGAAGAGGAGGAGGUCGUAGAGGUGGAAAAAAUGAACGCGGUGGAAAAAAUAAAGGCCGUGGACAAUUGAGGAAUGAAAGGAACGGGCGAAGAAUUCAAACCAACGAACAUGGACAAGAUCCUGAAUCCAUAUGUUUGUAUUACAUGCAAGGAAAAUGUCACAGAGGAGAUGAUUGUCCUUUCUCACAUAAUGCUUUACCUCCCAGAAAGAUGGAACUAUGUAAGUUUUAUCUUAUGGACUGUUGUGCUAAAAGGGACAAAUGUCUUUAUAUGCACCAUGACUUUCCAUGCAAGUUCUUCCAUACUGGUUUGAAGUGUAAUCAAGGUGAUAACUGUAAAUUUUCGCAUCAACCUUUAAAUGAGCAGGUAAAAGGCAUUCUUUUGAAACAUCUUGAAACUGCACCAAAAGAAAUUCUUGGGGAUUUUCCACGUUUGAGUAGAGAAAGAGCAAUGUUAAUGAUAAAUAAUACAGCUACAGCACUCGCCCAAGGACAAGAUACAACGAAUCAGAAAAUUCCUAGUUUAUUUGAUUUGAAUGUGCCUGCACCAACAAAUACUUUAGAUAAAAAUGAAAACAAGGAUGACAAAGAGGAAACAUCCAAUCAACAGAAAAGCACUGUUAGGGAAAGAAAACCUUCUGGGAAAAAGACACGUUGGGGAUCUGACGAAGAUAGAGUACCAUAUGAACAAAUUAUGUUAUUACAAUCAGCUAAUGAACUUGGUAUUCAAUUGCCUAAUGCAGCUUUAGGUUUAGCGACUCAGCAGCAAUUGCAACAAAGUCAAGUAUUGCAGUCAUGUGUUCCAAGCAUGGAUUUUUACACUGAAACUAAUGCAGAUUCUAAUAAAACAACUGUAAAUAAAUUCAAAGAUAAAGAAGAUUUUACAAAAGAUGUAGAAGAAGAUGAAAUUUUAGCACAAGCGAAAAGAAAAAAUACGUCAACUAAUGAAAAUUCAAAGGAUAUAGAUUUGAGGGAGUUACUAAAAGGUUCAAAAAAACCACCACCUGUGGUUAGUAUAGCUGAUGAAGUUGCAAAUCUUAGUAAAUCCAAGCUCGAUGAAGAAAGUGAUCAAGAUGAUGAAACUGAACUUGUUAUUGAAAUGCCAAUUGAAGAUGAUGAUAAAGAGAAAGUAGUAGAACCACGAAAAGAAUCCUCGAUAUCAAACGAACAAGGCAAUAUUUCGAAUGUAGCUUCACCUUCUACGGAAGAACAAGAAGUUCCAUCCCAUUUACCAAAAAAAGCUCAAGAAUUAUUUUUACGUAUCCAGCAGCAACAACGUGCUGCACAGGAUAGCUUUAAAAAUGUGGAAGAUGAGAACAAUGCACGUAGUACAGAUCAGAUUUUAGAAGAUUGGUAUUCGGACGAUGAUGAUGACGACGAUGGUGAUAAUUUAACUAUAGUACUUUCUUCGAAAGAUGCUUCAAAAGACGAAUCUGAACCAUCUGAAAAGGGCCAAAAUAUUAUAAUAAAAGAACAAUUUCAAUCUGUAUCUUCUGCACCAAGUAUACCUCAACCAGCAGCUAUUGUAGAUAAACUUGGAGACUUAAGUAAAAUCGAUAUUAGUGCAGAAGUAUCUAAAUUAUUAUCAUCUCUUAAAGCACAAAGUUCAACAAAUGGUAAAACUCUACAAACUCAGCAAAAUAGCACUAUAAAUACUCAAGAAUCUUCAGUUUCAAAAAUGAAAUCUACACAAGAUACAAAUAAUUCUGCAACUGAAUACAACCCUGUUACUAAAGUAGCUAAUAAUUCUACAUUUGGUGUUUCAAGUCAAAUUUCUAAAAUUGAAAAUGAAGCAUCAAGUCCUAGGUCGUCGCCUGGUACAAGUUCAACAGUAGCUCCUGUAUCUAGAGAUCCUCGAAUGUCCAGAGAUCCUCGACAACGCCGAGAUGAACAGAAACCAAGCAGUCCAAAUAGGAUAGAUCCUAAAAAAGAAACGAAACAUCUUAGGUUAGAAACGAGUAUCUACAGUUCUGGUAUUACAUCAGUAGAUACUAACAUGGAUACAGAUCUUAGAACUAGGGCAGAUCAAGAUCUUCGAAGGAAAGACAUGGAUUUUAGGCAACGUUUCCAAACUGGAUUUGGAGAUACAGAUCUUAGAGUAGUUGGUGCAGGAUUUACAGAUACAUCCACUAAAUCGGACGUUGAUUUGCGACAAAUGUUAAGUUUGCCAUUCAAACCAGCUCCUUCACAUAUCCCAUGCACUGAAAUAGACGCAAGUUACAAUUCCCAUCCUCCAAUGACUUACAAGGUAUAUGUCGUUGAUAUACCAAGACCUGAUUAUACAGGUUUAAAGCUUACAAAAAAUGAUCCACAAGUGAAAUAUGAUCCUCGUCUUAGAAAAAUUUUUCGUGUUAGUAAAGCUGAAAUAGCUGAUUCUCCUAUGUCUCCACCACCAAUGAAGCCAGACACGCCAAAAUCACCUCCACAAAUUCGAUCCGAUCCACGAAGAAAAGCGCUCGAAGUUUCUAAUCAAUCCUCACAGAAUGUUAGUGCUUCCAUGAUACAAGGUGCUCCACAACAACCAAUGGAAAUGCCUAAUAUGGCUCUUGGUCCCCCUGGUAUGCCUGUUACACAAAAUAUGCCAGGAUCACAAAAUAUGAUGACUAUGUCACCAAAUCCAAUGCUUGGAAAUAUGGGACCCAUGGGUCCCAUGAUGAAUUCUCCUAUGGGUCCACAAAAUAUGCCUCCAAUGGGUAUGACUAGUAUGCCAAACAUGACACCAACAAUGAAUAUGAAUGGACCAGUCAUGUCACAAAAUCAAAUGAACUAUGAUCCACGUUAUAAUGCACAACGCAAUAAUGGAGCUGGACUUUUAGGUCCUGCUCCUGGUGUAGGUUUUGGACCUGAUGUUGCUCCUGCAUAUGAUGGGCCUCCCCCAUAUUCUGGAGGUAAUUUCAACAAUUUUGGUCCAAAUACUGGUCCUGCAGAUCCUAGCUUAAUGGGUUUCAAUCCAAAUGGGCCAAAUCCUCCAAAUUUUGUCAUGGAUAGUGGACCUGAUUGGAACGGUGCAAAUCAGAGUAGACGCGGUGGUCGUGUUAGGAGACGAAAUCGUAACAGGACCAACAUUGUGACCAAUAAUUAAUGCAAUAAUUCAUCCAUUUGUGUAGGGCUUAAUGGAUCAGCUCUAAUAGCUGAUAAAUCUAGACGUGCAUCCAUUUCAUCAUCUAGUUCUCCUACAAUUGCUCUACAAAAAAUGGUUGUUAAAAUGUAGUUAUUUAUUUUAUGUAAUGUUUAAGAUAAUGCAAUAUAAAGUCAAACAAAGUAGUCUUGACAAUGUUUUGAAAAUCAAUGAGUAAUAAAAUAGAAUAUACUCAAAUAGGCCUGCAAGCCAUCUUAAAAUAAUAUUGUAUAAUACAUAAAAAAGUCGUAUCAAAAGUAUUAAGAAAAAAGCUAAGAACAAAUUUUUAUAUUAUUCUUGAUCUAACAGUUUUUAUAUAAAACAGAUAUUAUAAUGUAUACAUUUUCAAUGUUGCAUAAAACUUGUUAUCAUUUGUAUAAUAAUAAUUAUACUAACACAUUAUCUCCUCUGAUGAUAUGUAAACCCAAAACAACUUGUUCUACACCUUGCGUUGUGCUAUAUACUCUCUCAUGUGAUUCAUCCAAUAUAAUAUUAAUUGUUUGAUCAAAACCUUUUAAUGUGCC